AUGUCAAAUUCAGCAAAUUUGUGUAUUGCGAUCAAGAUAGAGCUCCUUCCACCCGUGAAGACAUUUCAGCAUGUGGUGCACAUACCGACGUUCAUCCUCGGGCUGAUUAUUAAUUUGGCUGCAUUCUGGAUACUCUGCAACAAGUUAAAGAAGUUGAUCGAAUCUACAAUCUACAUGUUAAACUUGAUUUUUUCUGACUUACUUCUGCUUUUCUCUCUGCCUUUCAAAAUCCAUGCAGACCAGAUGAAUGGAAUGUGGAAGCUGGGACCAAUAUUCUGUAAGUUUAUGGAGUCUCUGUAUUUUGUGAACACCUAUGGGACGAUCCUGUUAAUAACGUUGAUCUCACUGGAUCGCUACAUUGCUAUCAAGCAUCCCUUUCUGGCCCAGGCCCUCAGAUCAUCAAAGAAAGCCACCAUUGUCUGCACUGUGAUGUGGGUUUGUAUCUGGUCUGCAAGUAUUCCGAAUUACAUCCAACCUGACAGAAAUCAGACAGUGCAAAUGUGCUUUGUAAAAUUUGAUGAAUUUUGGAAAAAUGGUGUCAUUCCUGUGAGUAUGGAAAUUAUCUUUUUUAUUUCUGCAGUUACUGUGUCUUUCUGUAGUAUUCAGAUCAUCAGAACAUUACGAAGAGUGGAUAAAGAAAGAGAUGAUGUGAACAUGAGGACAUCUUUGAAUAUUGUCUCUUCAAAUCUGAUAACCUUCCUUUUAUGUUUUACACCUUCUCACAUAGCCAUGCUGUUGUACUUCUUAGCAAGGCAGUACUGUAAAACUGAAUACUGGGUACCUCUGCGAAACUUUCUCCAGGUCACUCAGUGUUUGGCAACCAUUAACUGCUGCCUGGAUGGAAUGUACUACUAUCUGGUCAUUAAGGAAUUCUGGAAAUCUAAGAAACCAAGGAAAGACAAUUUAUAGACUUAACAGUUGACUUGCAAAAUUCAACUGUGCCUCAUUUGCCUGGGUUGAAUUAAUUCGAAUGAUCUAAUGUUGCCCUGCCUAAAACAAUGAAAUGGAGAACUAUGUAUGCUGAAAAUGUGACUUCUCUCUUUAUAAACUCCACUUGAAAGCAUAGAAUGAAAAAUUGUUUCCCAUGUUGUGAUACAGAGUUUUAAAUUGUUGAAAACAUUAAUUAUAUUUUUGGACAGCUACCCAAAAUGUUAACAUUUAUCUUACCAAGAUUUUUAUGAGCAGCCCAAAAGUGAUGUUAAGAUUUGACACCGUCACUUUAAUAGGGGCUCAGGUCAAUGUGAACAUUGAGUCUAGAUCAAACAGAAAAACAUCUAUUCUGACAUUUCUAUGUUGUUUCAAAUUGGUUUGAUGUGCAGAUAAAGUCAAAUAAGGCCAUAAAACUCACAACUUCACUUUAUAUCAGUCUUACUUUAGAUAAUGUAUAAUAUAAAUUUUUGAAAUAAGAAUCAAUUAUUCAGUAUGCGGGGUAAGUCAGGAGAAGUGAAGGGCAAUUAGAAGUUUUAACCUUAAUUAUAUAAUGAUAGAAUGAAACAUGGUAAUAGAAGAAAUUAUAAAGUUCAAAGCGCGUAAGUAAAAGAUAAGAUUAAUGAAAAGAAUAGGGAACUGAAAGGUAGCAUGGAAG